AUGCGGACCGUAGAGGCUCUCAAGGCCCAUGCCCACACAGACUAUAUCGACGUCUACACCGAAGAGAACCUGAACCAUGUGAUCGCCAGGUCGUGUCGGGAGUGCCAGAGAAAAGUCAUGCGUGUUGACGGCUUGGUGGCAAAUGGCGGGGAACAGUGCAGUCUCUGCUUGCAUAAGACGACGCCUAUCUCGCCCUUACAUUGUCAGCAGUGUGACCAACUGCUCAAGCUGUGUGCUCAUUGCGUGCAGUACGCCAGCAAAUUGCACGUCCACCCGAUUCCCAGGUUCAACGACGCCGCCGACCGGGCGGAGCACGGGCGGAUGCCGCGCCCGACCUCGACAUACGCGACGGCAGGGCCUCAGCACUCACCUGUCAUGCAGCAGUCGCCGCGACCGAGUCAAGGCCCAUUCAGUCCUACUGCUUCUCCUAAGCCCCCGACGCAAGGCUACCUCGGACCCGCUCCCGCGCGCCCACCAGCUGGACAUAGUGUCCCUCCCACGAGACAGCGGAUCAGCAGCACUCCGCCACAGGCUCUUUGGUCAAGACCUCAAAGCUAUCACGUCCCGAGGCCGACGAGACCCAAUGGCGCUGCACAGCACCAGCACCAGCAGCAGGCCUUCCUCGACGAGGUCGUCAGCAGCAUCGCCGUCGCGUCCAUCACGAACGCAGCCGUGGCUGCAGAGUCGAACAUGAUAUACGGUGACGGCUCCAAUGGCUCGGGCACUGUGGGUACCGCAGGCACCGGGACUUUCGACACCGGCACAGCAGCCGCAGACCCGACCUGUAUGGACGCAACGCAAGAUGUCAGUGGCGUGCAGAUCACGGAGUGGACGACGGGACAAGAUACGUGGCAGGACACGGCGGUGUACGACUCGGGAUGGGAACUUGAUGACUCGGGCCAAUUUGAUUCGUCGUUCUGA